AUGCUUGCAAGUCUUCAUUUUCUAUAUGUUCUUUUUAUUUUAGCAACUCUUGGCGUCGAGGUUCAUCCAUUGGUAUUCCACACAAACCGUGGACUUAUUCGAUAUAAUGUUUGGGAUACGGCUGGUCAAGAAAAAUUUGGUGGAUUACGAGAUGGCUAUUAUAUUCAAGGGCAAUGUGCAAUUAUUAUGUUCGAUGUGACAGCAAGGGUAACAUACAAAAAUGUACCGAAUUGGUAUCGUGACUUAGUUCGAGUCUGUGAAAAUAUUCCGAUAGUACUUUGUGGUAAUAAGGUUGAUGUUAAAGAUCGAAAAGUGAAGGCAAAAACAAUUACUUUCCACCGAAAAAAGAAUCUACAGUAUUACGAUAUUUCGGCUAAGAGUAACUAUAAUUUCGAAAAACCAUUUUUAUGGCUAGCUCGUAAACUUCUCGGUGAUCCGAAUCUCGAAUUUGUGGCUAUGCCUGCACUAGCACCACCUGAAGUGCAAAUGGAUCCAACAAUGGUAGCACAAUAUGAGCAAGAGAUCGCUGCAGCAGCUAAUGCGGAGUUGCCGGAUGAUGAUGAAGAUCUUUAA